GCAACAUUCUCAGAGGGUUCCGACAUCGUCUUUUUUUUUCGUGGUUGGCGACUUUCAUCAUGUCACAAGACCGGGGGAAGGAUCCGUUAGACUCGCUCACGACCGCCCGACAAGGUCAUAACACGAAGACGUUUGACUCGCCGUUCAAGGUCGACCCGACAGUCGACGGCAAGCGGGACGACCCGGUGUGGCAUUUCGUGGCCAGAGGGCGUUAUUUGGAUGGGUCGACGGCGGCAGGCAGGAAGAGCGGUCGUCGAUGCCUGUGUAGGUUGUGCGGGCGUUCGAUUUGUGGGGGCGCUAAGGCCGCCAAGGAGCACUUCUCGAAGAGCGAGAAGUUCCGAUGUGAGGCAGCCACUCCUGCUGUGUGGAAUACGAUCUGGUCGAAGGACAUGACAAAAUGUCCAAAGGAGUUCGCGUCGGCCAUAGAAACGUUGCAGAGCCAUUUCCCAGGUCAUCCGAGCUUGCAGUGGCCACCUCUUCGAUUCCCCGAGGACGCAGUGCCGCCACUGGUUCCUCCCACCGCCCUUUAUGAAGCCGUCGCAUCGCCCUAUUCUGGGGCUCCGGCCAUUCGAGUCAUGGUACCGCGUCCUGGAACAACAGUUGCAACACGAUUGACAGCCCCGUCGUCUGCGCCGCUGGCUGGGACACGAGGURCUCGCGAUGUGGGAGUUGGUCGUUCCACGCCAGCCAACGAGCCCCCGCCUCUGAGGGAUGGUGUGGACUCUGCGGCAUUUGACGAGGAGAGCACACGUGCAUUUAUUGAGAGUCGCAGGCUGGUUACAAGGUUCUUCAAGCGCCAUGGACAUGCAAGAGAGGUUCUUGAGGCGCACUCGACGAAGACUCUUCUGCUACCGGCGGAGACGCGUUUCGGCACGAACGUCAUCAUGAUGGAGAGGCUGGUGGCACUGCGGGCCGCGUUGACAGAUGUUGUGGCCGACGAUCGCUGGCACGAGACUGUUUGGUCGACCAGCAAGAUCUGCAAGGAUGCAGCGGAGGUCACUGCAUGUAUCGGCUUCCUUCCAUGGUGGGAACAUUUGAGAGCUCUGUGCAAGAUGCUAGAGCCCAUCAUGGGCAUGCUGAAGUUGGUGGACAGCGACACACGCCAGAUCAGCAAGAUUCUGCGACGUUACGAGGAAAUAAUUGCAUCUUGUUUAUCCGCAUGUCGUGACAUUGAUCGGGAGCAGAAGGACGCUAUUGUGGAGGUGUUCCACAGGUGGCGCACCAUGUUCAAGACCCCUGCCCACACGACAGCCAUGCUGCUAGAUCCAGAGUUCCGGGACGCGACGCUUUGUGACGAUGCGGAGGUGCAGCAGGCCUUGGUCGAGGCCCUUGUCCAGUUCGGCUACCCGGAGGAUUCGCCGCAGCACCGGGAGGUCCAACGAGCGGUUGCCAAGCUCCACACGAGGGARCCCCCUUUCGAUGAGCUCACCAUGCGGCGAGCUGCGGAUAUCUUUGAUCACCCUGCCAGUUUUUGGUCCUCAAAGAAGGCGAAGUUCCCUCACACGACCGUGUUUGCAGGCAGGAUCCUUCGUAUAUGGGCGACCGCCUCACCGUGCGAGAGAGCGUGGUCUCGUUGGAGCUUCAUUCAUUCAAAGUCUCGCAACAGGUUGCAGGUUCCCCGGGCUGAGAAGCUUGUGCGGUGCCACUGGAACCUCAGGCUACUCGAUCGACUUUCGUUGUGCGACGAUGGUGUUGGAGAGAGGCCCGGCGUCUUCGGAAAAUCGGUGCAUUAUUGGCAGGCCGUGGAGAACGAGGCAGUCGUGGACCAACAACUCGUCAGAGGCACCGGUGUUCUGGCGAAGGUGACCGAGGAGGAGUUGAGCCUCGCCAGAGAGAGGAUGCGCGCCAUUUCCCGCAUGGGAACCGAGCGUUGGGUGGCGGAGUCGGACAGGAGGCGACGCAGGGCUGGUGGUCGGGGACGUGGCGGCCGUGGACGAGCAGGUGUCGGAGGACGUACACGUGGCGAUGCGGGUUCCGCUCCUCGGACUCGGCGACAGCGGACGGAUGGUGGCAUUCGCAGGGCCCGCAUGCGUUGGGACGAGGGUGACUUCUUGUUCGACAGCACAUCCAGCGACGACGACGAUUUCUUUGCGUCGGGAACACAUGCAUCCACGGGUGAUGAUAGAGGUGACGCUGACGACAGAGGCGAUGACAGAGGUGACGGUGAUGACAGAGGUGAUGGCGCAGGGCCCGGGGGAGGGGGAGGGGGAGGUGGAGUAGCGAAGGCGUUAUCAACUCCAGCUCUACCUUCCACCCGCUCGUCACUGCUAUCUUCGUCUUCCAUCUCGGACAAGUGCAGGUACCACUCCUCCUCCAGCGCUGCAUAAACAUCUUGCCCCUCCUCAAAGAUGUCGUCGCAGCACCGCUUCA